AAUUGUAAUUUAUUGAAGUAGCAUUCAAAUAACAGUAAAGAAUUUUACAGUUUUAGAGAGAUAUAUAUGAAUCUGGUCCUAAAGGUGCUACUUGUUCCCUGUCCUUUUCUUCUUCACUUUUUUAAUUACACAAAAAAUCUUCCCCCCAAAUAAUCAUUUCCCAUACACACACUGCUUCCACGUGCUUCUUUUAAUUACUUUUAAGUAAAAUCAAAUCAAAGCUUCAAUCUUUGACAAAUAAAGUACACAGUGAAUUGUGGGUUUUGUGUUGUUCAUAAUACUGAGAUGGGGAAGGUCGUGGCGGCGGCAGCGGUGGUGUGUACGGCGGCUGUAUGUGCUGCAGCUGUGCUGGUGAUGAGACACCGGAUGAAGAGCUCUGGGAGGUGGGCCAAAGCGGAGGCCAUUUUAAGAGAGCUGGAGGAGAAGUGUGGGACCCCAACUGGUAAGCUCCGGCAGGUGGCUGACGCCAUGGCUGUUGAGAUGCACGCCGGCCUCGCCUCCGAAGGCGGCAGCAAACUUAAGAUGCUCAUCAGCUAUGUUGAUAACCUUCCCACUGGGGAUGAAGAAGGAGUAUUUUAUGCAUUGGACCUAGGGGGCACAAACUUCCGAGUCCUGCGAGUGCAGCUUGGUGGAAAAGAAAAACAUGUGGUCAAAAGAGAAUCCGAAGAACUUUCAAUUCCUCCACAUUUGAUGGUUGGGUCACCUAAUGAUUUGUUUGAUUUUAUCGCUGCUGCAGUUGCAAAAUUUGUUGCAACAGAAGGUGCAGACUUUGUUCUUCCACCUGGCAGGCAAAGGGAGCUGGGUUUCACCUUUUCCUUCCCAGUUAAGCAAAUAUCGUUGGCAUCUGGAACUCUUAUAAAGUGGACAAAAGGCUUCCUUAUAGAAGAUGCAAUAGGACAAGAUAUUGUCGAAGAGUUGACUAAAGCAAUGGAAAGAAUUGGCCUUGAUAUGCAUGUGACUGCUUUGGUCAAUGAUACGGUUGGAACUUUAGCCGGAGGACGAUACAACAAUGCUGAUGUGAUUGCUGCGGUGAUCUUGGGUACUGGAACCAAUGCCGCAUAUGUAGAACGGGCUAAUGCUAUUCCAAAGUGGCAAGGUCUACUUCCCAAAUCUGGGGAAAUGGUUAUAAACAUGGAAUGGGGUAACUUCCGAUCAUCACAUCUUCCGUUAACAGAAUAUGAUCAAAUUCUUGAUGCUGAAAGCUUAAAUCCCGGCGAGCAGAUUUUUGAGAAGAUAAUUUCUGGCAUGUAUUUGGGAGAAAUUGUACGUCGAGUCUUGUGCAGGAUGGCAGAAGAAGCAUCCUUUUUUGGGGAUGACAUCCCGCCUAAACUUAGAGAUCCAUUCAUAUUAAGGUCCAAAGAAUCAAAUCGUUUGCAAUCACAUUGGGAUGAUCCACAUCAAAUCUUUCACAUUGCUCUUGUGAACAUUUCUUCAGGACUCCUGACAUUGCGGCAAUGCAUCAUGACACUUCUACUGAUCUAAAAGUGGUUGGGAGCAAAUUAAAUGAUAUCUUGGAGGUACCGAAUUCUUCCUUAAAAAUGAGGAAAAUGAUUGUGGAGAUAUGUGACAUUGUUGCCACUCGUGGGGCCCGACUUUCAGCUGCUGGGAUCUUAGGAAUUCUCAAAAAACUGGGACGAGAUACUGUAAAAGAGGGAGAGAAGCAGAGGUCUGUAAUUGCCUUGGAUGGUGGAUUGUUUGAGCACUAUCCUGAAUUCAGAAAUUGUCUGAUUAACACUCUUAAAGAGCUCCUGGGGGAAGAGGUUUCAGAGAGCGUUGUUGUUGAGCUUUCCAAUGAUGGCUCUGGCAUUGGAGCUGCACUCAUUGCAGCUUCUCACUCCCAGUACCUUGAAGUUGAGGAGUCCUAACGCCGGUCACUUUUCAGAGUGAGUUUUGACCAUCUGACGCGAGAAGCUUCGUGUUAAAGUAUUAUAUAUUUUCUUGUUCCCGCGUCUUAUCUUCAUGGAAAUGAUGAUAGUCUUUUCACCUCCUAAUAAAGGACAUUGUUCUCACAUAUACUUGAUUUAUGGUCUUUGGGCACUAGUGUAAGAUCAUAUUGUGAUAAAAUUAGAAUUAAAUUGGGAUUCAGAUUAUUUGCAUCUUUCCAUUAGUUACUUGUCUUCGAACA